CUUCAGCGAAUUUUUCAGUAUUACUCAUCAGAGAACCCUCGAAAGUUGGCAAUCUUCAUGGAGUAAUGGAGAACUUAGAAGGUGGCUAUAUUCGAUAAUCCCUAAGGUAUCGAAGAAACCAUGGAUGUGGGUCGGGACUUCAUUCAUGUGAUAUCUCGGCUCAUGUCCAAUCACUACACUGGGCUCGCAAAAAGCGGUAUCUGCGCCUGUGGUAACGGUUAUCACGAUAUCGAACAUAUUGUCUGGGCAUGCGCCGAGUACUGUUCUGCCAGAUCUCAACUAUUGGAUCCCCUUUGGGCUCGAGGAAGAUCACUCAAUAUCCCGGUUCGAGAUAUACUGGCAAGCCGCGAUCUGCUCUAUAUGUCGCUCAUCAUUCUAAGAAGUGCCCUCUUCUGCCUACCGUACUGCAACGAUGGUUUGAUGGGACUCCAAGACAACACAAAAUAUCUCUGUCGAAUGACCCAACAAACACGAGACCUACAGCACAACAUCACACGCGCAAUGCGCUGUGUUGCCGAUCUGCAUCUGAGCCGUACUACGAAAUCGUCUGGAGAAACCCCUACCGGCUCGAAGAAGACCGCCCGGCAUCGUACCUACGAUCAGCAAGUUAGCAAUACUAAUGAACCGAUGGAUGUGGAUGAAUGUUGGAGACGUGGACAUCCCUACAACUCAAUAGGAAUUGCUGGGCUCACUGGUGGUAGAACGCCUGUCACUCAGUUGACGCAUCGAACAACAUCCGGUUAG